AUGAGCCUAUAUCAGCUGGCCAACUUGAAAACUGCCGCUCCUCAGCCACCUUGCAAUCAAGUCUAUUCCGACUCCCAAUGGCUGCCCAGCGUGAACUUCUAUCAAGUAUUGGCCAACAACUGUGCCGAAUCCCCGGGACCUGAAUCCAACCAGCAGAACUCGACCGUCCAGGCUAUGACUUGCCCAGAGCCCAGUUGGCCCGACCGUCCGGCCGCAGGGUUCGGGGUACCGGGAAAACGAAGUUGCCUAAAAAUUGCCGUUUUGGGCACAAACGAGAGUACAGAAAUGUCCGCUGCCACUUCACCUCUCACGAGUACAACUGCCGGCGUGGGAGAACGCGGCAAGAACAAUCUUUCGCUAGUCAGAAGUCCCGCCAUACCAGAGAGUCUUUCCACGUCGGACAAGAAGACGGCCUGCCGUGUCGGCAGCUUCUCGCCACUUGGCGCCGGAGGGGAAUACCAGACGUUGCAGGCAGUUUGCGGUGAAUCGCAAGCGGUUGACGAUCUGUUCUGCGGUUACAACACUUUGCUGCCGAACAACAGACCGGGCCUGCAGACGAAUCGACAGCAAAAUACAUACCGACGACAAAUGCCAGCGAAAGAGGCUAAACCGGCCACGUCUAUGGCCUCGCGACAGCCAACCUACCCACCUGGAUCCGAGCAAAAAAGCAGUCCAGUCAAGCUCGCCAACGCACUUGGCGGAUUUAGUUUUGUUUAG